GCGAUUGGCAGUGAAUAGCAGUCCACUUUGGGGGCGACACCGCUGCAUUGCUUGCGCUACAUAGAGAUAGAGAUCCGUAUACUAUACGCAUUGGCGAGUAUAUGGAGAAUAUUCUUGUUAAAAGUGCUAAUAAAUGUACUGGCUGCCGCGGCAAGUGCUGCGCGUUAUGAAAUUCGAAAGGGUUCGGUGCGAGGCGUGCGAACUAUUGCCGCCUGUUUGUUAUUCGUCGUAAUAAAGCAGCUGGAAAACUACACACUACUGCGGUGGGAGAUAAUGCAUAGCCCACCCCACCAGUGAGAUCCAUCGAUCGCGUACCGCGAACCGGGUGCUGGGGAUCUGUCAUCCGGCCAAGUCCAGUCCAGUCAUCGUUCGCUGGCUCGCGUCUAAAGUUCUCUCCAGCUCCACCAGCUUAUAAUUGUGAGCUGUUGCUUUUUAUUUGCUUUCGGCUCGUUCCGCCGCUGUUUUUGUUCCCAGAGUGGGUUGUGUGUGGUGCGGUGCAAUUAGAUGUGCAUAAAUCUGGCUCGGGCACCCACCGGAGACUCUGAAAGUAACAAUAGCCCUCGAUUGCGGCGAUUAAGCACAGUUUAAAACAGCGGCAUUAUCAACCAACCAGUUGAGAGCAAAGACGAGGAUUGCACUCCACGGUUCUCUCUCGUCUGGCUGUGACUCGCUGAUUACUGCCGGUUUUGGAGCUAUUGGACUCGGCAGACAGAGAUUCCCUGGGAGGAAGGCUGCAAAAUGCGUCGAAAGAAAGUGGAGUACCGUGUGAAGCAGACGCCUUCGCGUCCAGUGCAGAUGGCUCGGAGUCGAAUUGGAGCUCUGGAAGAGGACAUGCCCCCAGAGGAUGAGUUGGCGGCGCACUAUGAGGCGUUCGGGACCACUCCGCCACGUACCAGGCUCAAAAUCAAGAACCGGGACUGGGAACGCAAACAAAAAGUGGUCAAUGUGACGGCUUCCGCAGACCUACCAGCCAGUGUGGGUUGCACCCCCAAAAAGACCAGGACGGCCAGAUCCCGCGUCCUGCGACGCAACACUAUGGAUUGCGCCCUGCUCAACGAGAUGUUUGUCAACGAUGAGAACAAGCGGACGGACAAGCGGUUGCAGUCUCUCCUUCGCGACUCGGAACGGGAGAUGAAAAACUCGUUGGCCACAACGGCGGUGGCUCCUCCACGAGGAAAUAGCUUCCACGAGACAGCUCAUCCACUAGAGUCUCUGGACCAGAUCAUGCCGCUCAAUUCGGAGGCGAUGGCGCCGAUUCCACUGCGAAUCGCUUCCAAGGUGGUGGAGAGCUGCAAUCGCUAUCGCUGCGUUUCGUCACGGCCCAUUGGCUAUCGGUCCUCGGCGCCGCCGUUGGCUUUUGCUGCUCAACUUCCCGCUGGAAUGUUAAGGAGUGAUGGAAGAGCAACUGCUGGGUUGGGGAAAAGAAAGGAAUUCCACGAGACGUUUGCCAAUCUAAUUAAGCUCGGUAGCGUAGACCGACAGGACGCGAAACUGUCACAGGAGGAGCAUACCUGGCAGACUGAGCUGAAGGAUCUUAUCUGGCUGGAGCUGCAGGCCUGGCAAGCAGACAGAACUGUGGAGCAGCAGGACAAGUACCUUUUCGAAGCGCGACAGGGAGUCUCCGAUCUGCUCACCCACAUUAUAAACUACAAGUUCCAGCCGCGUUAUCGCCGCGAGCCGAGUCUGAUCAGUCUGGAUAGUGGCAUUCAUUCCGACAGCAACUCUAAUGCCAGCUCUCCACUGCCCAACAAGAUGUGCCAAGGUUGUAUGUCGCUGUACUGCAAGGAUUGCAUGGAUCAUCAAGAGCUGGCGCUGCGAGAAGUAGAGGGUAUGCUGACGCGCCUGGAAGCUGCAGAGGCACUAUACCCUUCCUCACAGGCCAUGGGAGCCCUGCAUCCCAUUUACAAAUCACAGAGCUUUGUAGGUCGCAUCAAGUCCAUGUGCUUAUGGUAUAACAUUACCAAGCAAAAUAAGUUGAAGCUCAGUAUUCUGGGAAAAAUUCUGGCAAGACUGCAGGAUGAGAAGUUCUCUUGGCCGGUAUGCACUUCGUCCUACAUCGCCUCCGACAGCGGUAGUUCAUCAGCAUCAGGUGUAGAAAACGAUGACUCGGCUGUCAACUCAAUGGAUUCAUCCAAGCCACCCAGUGUGGCCGGAUCAGCCUCGCGGAAGGGUGUCACACCGUGCCACAAAGUGCAAUUCAUGCUAAACGACGCAACUCACGUUCCAGGCGAAACAUCAAGUAGUAAUGAAUCCACGUCCACGGAGAUAAGCCAGUGGUCCAGUGAGUGCUCUCACGGCCAUUUGCGCAAGGGAUCCAUGCACGACAUCAACAUUUUCAGUGUCGAGCCGUUGGGUACAUGCAGUCACAAUGGAACAGGAGAGCAAUCUACUGGGCUGUAUCGCAAGUUCAUAGAAAAUGUGCUCAAAAGUCGAGGACUGGCCAAGUCGCUGGCUUUUCUACACAAGCUGCACAACGUGGCAUUGUACAAGGCGCACAUUGCUCUAGAAAAACCCGGAGCUGAAGACUUAGAUUAUGAGUCAGAUGCAGAGUCCAUUGAAGAAGACGUACCAAGGCUAGAUCCCCAAAUCAGUCGCGAACAGGUUGUGGAGCUGCGCACCUACGGCUACUGGAGCGAGGAAGCCCAAUCGAUAAAUCUGCCCUCGUACAUUCCCACCUUUGUAUUUCUGAGCGGAAUUCCGUUGCAGUUCAUGCAUGAGUUUCUGCGCAUGCGUCUCGAAACGAGACCCGUUCGGCCCAAUCCACUGAGCCUUGAACAGUUGAUGAAGGAGCUUAGGGAGGGCUUGACCCUCGCCUUGACCCAUCGAGAGCGAUACCAGCGGCACAUAACCACGGCGCUGGUGGAGAAUGAGGCGGAACUGGGCAGUUACAUUAGCAUUUUAAACCACUAUGAUGCUACGGUGCGAAAAACAUUCGAGCUGUACCUGGAGUACAUAGAUCAACUUGUGUUGGUUGCCGUUCCGGAGGGCAACCAGAAGUCCGUCCUUGAGAAGGAGUGGAUGUUUACCAAGCUUAUCAGUCCCAUGAUAAAGGGCAUGCACACGUUAGCAUCUCAAAAGUUCUGUGGCAUAAUCAGCAAGCUUUUGCGUAGCAUUUCCGAACGCCUGGUAAAGCGCACCGUUGAGCUAGAUCAACAGAUCGAUGGCACAGCCGACACUGACGACAACGAGGAGGUUAAAUGGCAAUUGCUGACCAUUUGCCGAGAGACUCAAUCGCUGCUUACAGUCGAACGAGAGCGCUCUAUUAAGGUGCUCUUCUUUGCCAAAACCUUCUGUCGCGACGUAGAGACGACAGAUUUUCAUCGCGAGCACUACGAACAUGACGUGGCUAACCAGCAGCAUGACUUCAUCUGUUCGGACGUAAAGGCGGCGUUCAAGCUGUUGCAGCAGGACGUUUUGCAGGUGCGCAACAAGUUGACGGCAAUAAUUGAAGGCGUGCAAAAACGGUGCUGUUUGAGCAACAUGCGAGAUUUGGAUGAACAGGACAAACAGGCUGUUCUAUCGCGCACUCGGGAGAUUUUGCAUCAGGGAUACAAAUUUGGGUUCGAGUAUCACAAGGAUGUCAUUCGGUUGUUCGAGCAGAAGAUUAUGGACCAAAAGGACAGCGGUGCUCACACGGUUGAUCUAGCUUUAGGAAUUGUCGCUUACGCUAAGAUGUGGAUGCAUUUCGUAAUGGAGCGCUGCGAGCGUGGGCGAGGAGUGCGUCCCCGUUGGGCCUCCCAGGGACUGGAGUUUUUGAUUCUUGCCUGUGAUCCGCAAAUCACCCAACACUUGGACGAUGACGAGUUUGAGUCGCUAAAGCAUCAGAUGGACCGCUGUAUAUCGCACGUGGUUGGUAUCACCUCGGAACCCGAAAAGGUCGCCAAGAAAAAGGCGUCGCCUCGCACUCGCAAGACUUCUUCGCCGGCCACUUCGCGUUCACGGACACCAACACGGACUCCAAUGUCCGCUGGCAUGGUUCUUAAUCCGAAUACACCGCCACUGCAAUCACCACCGUACAACAAGUUACUGCAUCCGCAGUUCAGCUUAAAGGAGGAUCUAUCAGGAAACUCGUUCAGUUCCGUUGAGAGUUCAGACUAUGUUGAUACUCCGUGUCAAAGGAGUCCCAACGGCGAGCUGCGUCUUAUGGUGCCCCAGACGCCUCCUACUCCAGCAUCUCCUGGAAAGAGAAGUCUAGAAAGCACACCGCUGGCCUUGCGGCAGGAGCGAGUUAGAGAUGCCGUUAACCGUUUGGAUAUGGAUCUAGAGGACGGGCUGCGCGAACGGAGGUUGAUUGGACAGGUCAAAUCACUUAAUUCCAGCGACAAGGUGCAUAUAAGGGCACGUAGCGUUCAUUUCCGCUGGCAUCGUGGUAUUAAGAUCGGGCAGGGACGAUUCGGCAAGGUGUACACGGCGGUGAACAAUAAUACUGGAGAGCUAAUGGCCAUGAAAGAGAUCGCAAUCCAGCCGGGAGAGACGCGAGCGCUUAAGAACGUGGCCGAAGAGCUAAAGAUCCUGGAAGGAAUAAAGCACAAAAACCUGGUGCGCUACUAUGGCAUCGAGGUGCACCGCGAAGAGCUGCUUAUUUUCAUGGAGCUGUGCUCUGAGGGCACCCUGGAGUCGCUGGUGGAGCUGACUGGCAAUCUGCCGGAGGCACUUACGCGCCGAUUCACCGCCCAGCUGUUGUCGGGCGUGUCUGAGCUCCACAAGCAUGGUAUUGUGCAUCGCGACAUUAAGACUGCUAACAUAUUCCUUGUGGACGGCAGCAACAGCCUGAAACUAGGCGAUUUCGGAUCAGCAGUCAAGAUCCAGGCGCACACCACUGUGCCCGGCGAGCUGCAGGGCUACGUCGGCACGCAGGCUUAUAUGGCGCCGGAGGUGUUCACAAAGACCAACAGCGAUGGCCAUGGCAGGGCCGCAGAUAUCUGGUCGGUGGGCUGUGUGGUUGUCGAGAUGGCCUCGGGCAAGCGUCCCUGGGCCCAGUUUGAUUCCAACUUCCAGAUCAUGUUCAAGGUGGGCAUGGGCGAGAAGCCGCAGGCGCCGGAAAGCCUUUCCCAGGAGGGUCACGACUUCAUCGAUCAUUGUCUGCAGCACGAUCCCAAGAAUCGUUUAACGGCAGUGGAACUGUUGGAGCACAAUUUUUGCAAGUACGGUCGAGACGAGUGCAGCACCGAGCAGUUGCAGAUGCAGGUGCGUGGCUCCUUUCGGCGGAACGUGGCGACCAGCAGCAGCUAAGCGUAACCUAGUGCCUACUUAACUAGCCCCGGUUUGUUUGGUUCACCCCUACAUAUGAUGCAUAUGUACAUCGGUGUGCAUUUUGUUUAGUGUCUAAUUUAUGUGAAUGCCGAUUAUUUGACUGGCCACGUCUGGUUUUAAGUUUGACAAUAUAUAACCCGUAUAAAAUAAUCAAAAGUCUUUCGUACCGUACCCAAAAUCAUUGCAUACAAGUGAAAAUUACACGUAUUUUAAUAUA